AUGAGGUUGGUGAUAGCAUUUGCUCUAACAUGCCUCGUGGUAGCAUGGGCGAGGGAGUUAGGGGAAGAAGAGAAGGACCUGGUGGCAGCUGCCAGCGGGAAGAGUCAUCACCACGAAGAAGGUGGCGGUCACGAGCAUCAUGCGCAUCACCACCAUGAGCACGGGGAGAAGGGCCAUAAAGGACAUAAAGGGCAUCAUCAUCACCACAAAGGUGAACAUGGACACCAUGGGAAACACCACCAUGAAGGACACCAUCACGAGCACGGUGGAGGCCACAAAAAACACCACGAUGAACACGAUCAUCACGGUCAUCACCACGAGCAUGGACAUCAUCACAAAGGUGGCAAGCAUGGGCAUCAUAAACACCACGAUAAGGGAGAGAAGACAGAUGGCUACCACAAGAAGUAUCAUAAGGACCACUAUCAUAAGGAUCACCACUUCUACGAUGAUCAUCAUCACGAAGGCAAGCAUCACAAACACGGGCAUCAUGAGGGACACCAUGAUAAGAAAGGAGGCCAUCAUAAGAAGGGCGGUCACCACGAGCACGGCCAUCAUGAGCAUCAUCAUGGCAAACAUGGUCAUCAUGACAAGCAUCAUUACGAUGAGGAUCAUAAAGGUCACAAGGGUCAUCACGGUCAUGAGGAGCAUCAUCAUCACCAUCAUGACCAUGGCAAGAAGGGCGGUCAUCACGACCAUAAAGAAUGGGGUUUCCAUCAUGGGAAACACUGAUCUCCAUCCAAAGUA